CACGGUGCGCCGGAAGUGCGAGCAGCUGGCGCCCGGGCCCACCAUGGCGGCUUCCUCGGCGCGCCGUUACCACGUGUGGGUGGGCACCGAGACCGGGAUUCUGAAAGGGGUGGACCUCCAGCGAAAGCACGCAUCAAACUUCACGGCGACAGGGCAGCCGCGGCGCGAGGCGGCGGUGAGCGUCCUGUGCUGGGGCGCAGGCGGCGAGACCCAGAUCCUGGUGGGCUGCACCGACCGGAUGGUGAGGUGCUUCAACACCGAGGAAGGCGCAUUCGAGGGCCAGAGGCGCUGCCCCGGCGGGGAGGGCGCAUUCCGGGGCCUCGCCCAGGCCGAGGGCAUGCUCAUCACAUGUGUGGAUUCCGGGGUCCUCAGCGUCUGGCGCAGCGAUGACAAGGAGGCACCCUCAGACCCACUCUUGGAGCUUAAGGUGGGUCCCGGGGUGUGCAGGAUGCGCCAAGACCCAGCCCGCCCCCAUGUGGUUGCCACUGGGGGCAAGGAGAAUGCCUUGAAGGUGUGGGACCUGCAGAGGCCAGAGGAGCCCCUGUUCAGAGCCAAGAAUGUGCGGAAUGACUGGCUCGACCUGCGGGUACCAGUCUGGGACCAGGACAUAUACUUCAUCCCUGGGUCGCAGAAGCUCAUCACAUGCACUGGGUAUCACCAGGUCCGUGUUUAUGAUCCUACGUCCCCCCAGCGCCGGCCAGUUCUAGAGACCACAUAUGGAGAGUAUCCACUGACAGCCAUGGCUCUCACUCCUGGUGGCAACUCCGUCAUUGUUGGGAACACUCGUGGGCAGCUGGCAGAAAUUGACUUUCGGCAAGGGCGCCUCCUGGGCUGCCUGCGGGGGCUGGCAGGCGGUGUCCGAGCGCUGCAGUGCCACCCCUCGAGGCCAUUGCUGGCGUCCUGUGGCCUCGACAGAGUGUUGAGGAUACACAGGAUCCGGCGCCCGCGUGGCUUGGAACAUAAGGUUUAUCUUAAGUCUCGACUGAACUGCCUCCUCCUGUCAGGCAGGGAAAACUGGGAGGAUGAGCUAGAAGAACCACAGGAGCCUAGCGAGGAGCCCCCAGAAGACUCUGAGGUGGAUGAGCUCUGGGCAUCCUUGGAGGCGGCUGCCAAACGGCAGCUCCCGCAGGCGAACCGGACCCUGAGGGCUCCUGGGACCCGAAAGAGGAGAAAGUGUCCCAGAGCCACGGUCCCCUGAAUUCCUAGCCCCCGUGAAU